AUGGCACCUCAGCUCAAAACGCCCAAAGGCACUCGAGACUGGCAUGGAGAAGACAUCGCUCUGCGCAACCACACCUUUGACCAGAUUCGCAAGGUGUUCCGGCUUCACGGCGGCGAAGAGAUAGAUACACCAGCAUUUGAACUGAAGACUUACUUGACUGGAAAAUAUGGAGAGGAUACCAAAUUGAUCUAUGACUUGCAAGAUCAAGGUGGUGAGAUCUGUGCCCUGCGCUACGACUUGACUGUGCCGUUCGCUCGCUGGCUUGGUAUGAACAACAUCCGAACCAUCAAGCGAUUCCAAAUCGGCAAGGUCUAUCGUAGGGACCAGCCAGCAUUGAAGCAGGGCCGUAUGCGCGAGUUCUUCCAAUGCGACUUUGACUACGCCGGCCAAUGCGACUUGAUGGUACCAGACUCAGAGGUCAUUUGUAUUGCAGCUGAGGUCUUCGAGGCCCUUGGGCUGCCUAUUGUGAUCAGGCUCAACCACCGCCUCAUUUUGAAUGGCAUGUUCACAGCUGUGGAAGUCAAGAAAGAGAUGGAAGAGAAAGGACUGGAUGCUGGUCUCGCUGAUAAAUUAGCUGAAUACGUGCUGCGCGAUACAGCAUCAGAUGUCACCUCAACUUUGGCGUUCCUCAAAUCAGAUGCGCUCUUGUCGACAAACAAGGACGUACAACAAGGUGUGAAAGAGAUGGAGUUGCUCAUCCAAUACCUCAUAGCAUACGACGUUACCAAAUACAUUCAAUUCGACCUAUCGCUUGCUCGAGGAUUGGAUUAUUACACUGGCCUGAUAUACGAGAUUGUCGUGCAAAAUCAGUCAGACACUUCGGUUGGCAGCAUUGCUGCCGGGGGCCGGUAUGACAAUCUUGCAGGUAUGUUCAGCAGCCGUGACGUCCCAUGCGUGGGAAUAUCGUUUGGCAUUGAUCGGAUCCUUGCUAUACUCAAAGGCCUAAAGCAGAAUGCUGGGAGGGCUCAAAAAGGCAAAGUUGAUGUCUGGAUCGUCAUUGCAUCUGACAGCGCUGGACUGGUCGCACAACGCAUGGCUAUUGCGCGGGAUCUUCGUUCUUCAGGCAUCAGCGUUGACUUUGACCCAAAAGCUGACAAGAAGCCACGGAAGCAAAUGGAUGUUGCGGAAAAGAGUGCUGCCGUUGUAGUAUUCUUGGAAGAAGAUGAUACAAUGCCUGGCCACGCGCGAGUCAAGAUACUCUCACUUCCAGCCAAGAAUUUCGACUACGCACCCACUAUAGAACGCCAAAACCUCGUUGAUGAAGCAAAGCGGCGUCUCGAAAAACAGCCUGAAUAG